AUGCAGUCGCCAUAUCAGCUGCACUGUGAGAGGGUACAGGCUGAUACAAACCUCUGGCAGUCUGUCAUUCUGCCUAAGUUGACAGCAUUUUUUGACAUUUGUCAUCUCCCUGAGUUUGAGGCUUGUCCAAGAGAGGGAAAAUACCCUGGAAUCCGUGAUGCUCCAAAUGGUUGGAUGCCGACGAUAUACAGCGGAUUAGUUGAGACCAUGUCCAAACUACAGGACAACCAACCGGCGAUUACCGACUUCGUCAAAAUUCGUGCUGAUAAAAACCAAGAUGGUGGACAACUUGCACAGGACUUUGAUAAGCCAUCCUCGAUAACUAUACCCGUGAAGCGAAAUAGACGAGAAGCGGGGUUCCCAAGUAAGGACAGUGAAACUUCGCCAGUACCGUACAAUGACGUUUUUGAGAAAGCUCUUGAUGAAGCAUCCUCAGGUACAUGCACCACAGACGAUCCACAUGAUAUGGAUUCUGAGCAACCGGUAACUAUCCUCUCUCUUACUACCGUUAUGAGAACAUUACUUAAUGAAAAUAACACCCAGAUAAUGUCUCAAAUGCGUGAUAUGGUGAAGCAUGAAAUUGAAAAAUCCACGAUAAAGCUAUCUACUGAUCUAAAACAACUUCGUGAAGAAAAUGACACUCUGAAGUCCAGAAUCAUGAUAUUGGAGAAAUCCCAUACUGAUAUGACUGUUAAGCAAGAUCAGCUAGCCCUUGAGGUAAAUCAUAAUGCUCAAUACAGCAGGAAAUCCACAUUACGUGCCGUUGGGAUCGCUGAUGACAAAAAUGAGUCUGUUGAAAAGUGUAUUGACACUCUCUGUAAAACCCUAAAUGAUCACCUGCCAGCAGGAGCUAUGAUUGAACCUGACCACAUUGAAAUUGCCCACCGUUUGCCUGGAAGAGAUGGGAAGCCACGACAAAUCAUAGCCAAAUUCUUUGACCGACUUGUUAAGGACAAAGUAAUGUCAAACAAGCGCCACCUAAAAGGCACCAAUGUGAGAAUCUACCAUGAUCUCAGUCCGAGAAACAGAGUACUACUGAAAGAAGUCAAGCAGCACAACGAUAUUGAUCAAGCAUGGUACAAUAACAUGAAAGUGUAUGGUAAACUCAAAUCUGGUACAAUCAAAGUAUUCUCAAUCAACGAUAACAUUGACUCUGUCAUUGCCAGGUCUUAAUUACCUUGGUGUGCUUGGACGAUUGCCAUAACUUUCUCGUGAACAUUCCCUCACUCACCACUGUUACCCUUGUUGAUUUAAGUUAUAGAAAACGCUGGUCACCAUGCAGAAAGUAACAUCAAUGUAUAAACUAUCAAUAUAGUUUCCUAAAAUAACCGAACAUAACUUUUCUCACUGACAAAUGAACGUCUUAAUGAGCUGCUGCUCGUGCUAAACUUGACGAUUUUCUCCAGUUGUUUUGUUUACAUCUCUCUGUCACGUGAC